CUUUCUCUAUAAAAGGGUGACUUGGGUUGCCUACAAGCAUCGCUGAAAAUGGCCAUCCAUUGCUUGGGACGGGUAUUAGUGGCCAUUUUCUUUGUGGUCAUCAUGAUCGAGCCCGAUCCAGCCGUCGGAUUGAGAAAAUCCGACCUUCUCACAAUCAACGGUCAUGAUCCAGUCAGCGUGCCCACUACAACCCUGGUCGGGAUAUGCGAGUCAUUGGUCAUCGUCCAUGGCUACCCAUGCAUAGAAUACAAUGUGAAAACCGAAGAUGGGUUCGUCCUUAGCAUGCAAAGGAUUCCAGACGGUCUCGUUAAAGGAAAUGGCGGGAACAACAAACAGCCAGUAUUGCUGCAACAUGGAGUUCUCAUGGAUGGGAUGACGUGGCUUCUAGAAUCGCCUGAUCAGUCGCUGGGAUUCGUGUUGGCGGAUAACGGUUACGAUGUGUGGAUCGCAAACAGUAGAGGGACCAGAUGGAGCCGUGGACACGCAUCCCUUGAUCCAGCCAAUCCGGCUUAUUGGAAUUGGUCAUGGGAUGAAAUGGUGGAUUAUGAUCUCACCGCUAAUUUGGAUUUCGUGUACAGCCAAACAGGCCAGAAGGUGGAUUAUGUAGGCCAUUCCAUGGGUACGUUGAUUGCUCUGGCAGCCUUCUCACAAGGGAAAUUGACGGACAGGAUCAAAUCAGCUGCAUUGCUGUGUCCCGUUGCUUAUCUGAGCCACAUGACAACUGCGAUCGGCGAACUCGCCGCUAGAGCGUUCGUCGGAGAAAUAACGACAUGGUUAGGCAUCGCAGAAUUCAAUCCAAAGGGAAAAGCUGUAGCAGACUUUCUCAAAACUCUUUGUGCAAAUCCGGGCGUUGAUUGCUUUGACCUAAUAAGAUCAUUUACUGGCAAAAACUGCUGCCUCAAUGAGUCCACCGUAGAUCUCUUCUUGAAGUAUGAACCGCAAUCAACGGCCACCAAGAACAUGGUGCAUCUGGCCCAGACCGUUCGAGAUGGGAUCAUAAUGAAAUAUGAUUAUGGGAACGGUGCAGCGAACAUCAUGCGCUACGGUGAAAUCAGACCGCCCAUCUACAACAUGUCAAACAUCCCCCAUGAUCUGCCUCUAUUUCUCAGCUAUGGUGGCCAAGAUGCACUUGCGGACACUCGUGAUGUAGGGCUCUUGCUUGAUGCCCUCAAAUUCCACGAUGGAGAUAAGCUGACCGUUCAAUUUGUGAAGGACUAUGCUCAUGCAGAUUUUGUUUUGGGAGUUACUGCGAAGAAUAUCGUGUAUGAUGCGAUAAUCGCAUUCUUUCGUCGCCAGUGAGGACCGUUGAUUUUAAAUGGUCCACUAUUUGUAUGAGAUAGUUGAUAUCUAAUCACCAAACAUAAGUGUCCCACACACAUGCAAAUGUGGUGCACGUGUGCAAGAUUUGGGACGUUUAUCAGAUGGGCCUCUUGUGAAUUGAAUCCUGGCCUAAUAAAGAUUUCUUGAAUGUUUAAACUGCUA